AUGGCAAACUCAUUCGAGCCUCAGCCCGACCAUCACGGGCUCACCCCCCGCGACUCUCCGAUUUUGCGCGAACCCGAGAAUCCUCUUAAGCCAUUCUAUCCCGGACAGCCCAAGUCGCUCUCCGGGAUCGCUCUCCGCGCGUUCUGCCUAGGCAUGGCCUUCUCCGCAAGCAUCAUCGGCAUCGUCUCCAUCCUAUACUUCACCAACAGCCCCAUGUGGCGCGUCCCUUUCUUCCUCCUGUCUCUAUCUACGUUCCAUUUUCUCGAAUUCUGGACCACGGCCGAGAGGAACACCACCGUGGCCGCCGUCGACAGCUUCCUCCUGACGGCAAACUGGCCGGCUUACGCAAUCGCCCACUCAGCCGCCUUCAUAGAGUGCAUCGUUGUGACCGUCUUUUUCCCCAACCGCCACUGGGCGCCUUUCAAUUCCGGCCGCCUGCUUCUUGUCGCCGGCCUUUUCCUAGUCACUGUCGGCCAGGCUGUUCGUUCUAUAGCAAUGCUACAUGCUGGAGCUAGCUUCAACCAUAAAAUUCAGACGAGAAGGGCGCAAUCGCAUCUCCUCGUGACGACUGGCAUCUACGGAUGGCUGCGGCAUCCGAGCUAUUUUGGGUUCUUUUACUGGGGCUUAGGGACGCAACUUGUGUUGGGGAAUACAAUCUGCUUUGUGUUCUAUUCGGCUGUGCUAUUCCAAUUCUUCCAGAACAGGGUCAAGGUGGAGGAAGAGAAGCUGGUGCAGUUUUUUGGGGAUGACUAUGGUAGGACUACAAUUGGCUAG